AUGCUUCGCCACGACAGAAGAGGUGAUGGUGUCUCGUCGACCUUCUGUGACACCUGCGGGAUCACUGUUGGUGUAUACCACUGUAAGGAUUGUUUUGUGCCCGGAUUAUCAUGUCAGAUGUGUGUUGUUCGUACUCACGCACAUUCACCGAUGCAUCGUGUAGAGAAGUGGAACGACGAGUGCUUCCAAAAUGUGACUCUUAAAGAUCUGGGGCUUCGCAUGCAACUUGGUCAUAAGAUUGCGUUCAACAACGAUUUUGUCCUCAUCGACACCCUUGGCAUCCACCCUAUGGCUGUGGAUUUUUGUGGGUGCGACAGAGCACAAACUCACACCCAACAACUGUUACGUGUUGGUUGGUUCCCUGUGACAACCAGUGACCCAAGAACUGCAGUGACAUUUGGCAUGCUCCGGCAGUUCCACAUCUUGUCAUUUGAGUUGAAAGUUUCCUCAUACGAAUUUUACCAUUCUUUAGUUCGUCUCAUGGACAAUACAGGCCUUCUGAAGCGCAAGGAUCGGUAUGAGGCGUUCAUGCGCAUGGCGCGUGAAUUUUGGCAUCAGGGUGAAUGUGCGGUUUUAUGCCCGGCGUGCCCUCAGCCCGGGAGGAAUCUUCCUCAUGCUUGGCAACUUGCUCCAAAAGGAAAAAGAUGGUUAUAUGGCCUCUUUCUUGCAAUCGACGCAAACUUUCGCCUGAAGAGGCAGAUAGUCUCAAAGGAUACUGUGGAUCCAAGUUUGUCCUGUGGGUGGGGAUACUUUGUCGACGAGACCACAUACAAGACACAUCUUACCAAUCACGGCAUGGAAGCCCAAGAGAAAAGCACGUGCGCUAGUCAUAAUGCAGUGAACAUGGCAGAAUCGAAGUCAUCAAAGGGACUAGCAGCCACGGGACUUGGAACCAUCAACUGCGAGAGAUAUAUUAAUAUGGAUUUUCUGUUCUUUUCAACCUUACGUCACCACUCUCUCGAAGUUCUUAAUGUGUCAUAUGAUAUCGCGUGCCAGUGGCACAAAAAUCUGUGGGCCAGGAUGGUAACACUUCCAGAGGAUUAUCAGCUUGAUCACCCAAUCAAAACUGUUCGCUUUUUCGUACCCAAAUUCCAUCUUCCUGCGCACAUCGCAAAAUGCCAGACAAUGUUCUCUUUCAACUGGUCUCAUUGGGUUGGGCUCACUGAUGGCGAGGCUCCAGAGCGAAGAUGGUCGAACAUCAACCCAGUGGCUUCUAGUAUGAAAGAGAUGGGUCCAGGCUGUCGAUGGGACACGUUGGACGAUCAUUUCGGAGACUGGAAUUGGAAGAAGGUCGUCAACUUAGGGGCGAGCUUGCUAUGGAAGAUGAAAGAAGCAAUGCAGGAGAAGGUGGCCUUCCAUGUGGCCUUCGAAGAACUCGAUGCUGCCAUUACCAAAGAACAUCGCGUAGCCUGGACGGCAGAGGUAGAAAGGUGGGAGGAUAAUCCCAAUGACAUGUGUGUGCCAAAUCCAUUUGAGGCUAAAUCAAUAGCGAUCACGCAGGCUGGUGCAUGCCUGAAACUAGUGCAACUGGAGGCAAAGGAGCUGGAAAGGGGGGCAGAUGUAUCACUGCACCCAGAGGUCUCACCGAGUGUCUUCAUAGGAUUGGGUCUGGAUUUAGAAGAAGAGCAACGGCAUGUCGCUAGGUUCAUGAAGGGUCUGGGUAACCACAUCACAGAUACCCAGAAAGGAACCCUGCAAUGUCAGAGGAACACUUUACAUCGCAAAAUCGAGUCAUGGCGGAUCACGCAAGUGCUAUACAUGCCUAUCAUGCAUGGCACACUCUCUACUUCAAUAUCACCAUCCUCUGAUUUAGGGAUCGAUAAUGCGGAGGACUUGAGGCUUUUUCUCCCUUCUGCUAUCGGCAAUCGUCCAUGCCACGACCGCCUGCGACUCUACGAAUGGGAACUACGCCUGGCUCAGGCACAUGACGUGCUGGAAGAACUCAGGCAAUGUCUGCGGAUACGCUCAUCACUCUUGACGUACAAGAAGGACUGGGUCCAUGGGCAGGGUGCGAACACAAGGGCUCAAAAUGCCUUGGAACAUGUUACUGGAAGACAAGCAGCCUGUACGGCAAGGUACCAUGCUUCAUGGGACGCGCUGAAUGUCCUGGCAGGAGAGCUUGGAAAAGUGGGGUGGCAAGGAGGACUUCAGCCACUGGAGCCCGACGAUAUACGACCGCUUAUUGAUCCAGCUAUCAUUCCUGGGCAGGGGAGACGAAAACUGACCUGGAUUUGGAGGAUGAGUGGCAUAGAUAGUGGUGGAGAUGGUACAGAUGAAGACGGCAUGAGGGUAGAAUGGUGCAAAGUGCGAGCUUGUGUGAUGUGCUGGGCUGAGGAGGUCGAAUUGCUCCAUGAAGAAAUGUGUCGUGUCCUUCAAUUUUUUUGGUGGCAGGCCAGCUGGUGGGAUAAGCAGGGGCAUCGGUGCGUGGAGGAGGAUACAGGGUGUCUCGAGGGUAUACGAGCUUAUGCUGCCAAGCAGGCAAACAUUUGCUGA